UGCAGGUCGGUGUUGGCCGGUUAGUUGCGUGCGUGCAGUUUUCGGAGCAGCGAUGAUAACGCUUCUGUUGCUGGGUUUUGGCGCCCUGUCGCUGUACCUGUACUGCAAGAUCAAGUUUAAGUUUGCGGAAAAGAUUCCGUGCGUCGAGCCGCUGCAUCCGAUUUUCGGCAAUGGGCUGGAGUUUGCGCAGAAAAAUUCGUACGAAAUUUUCAAAAGUCUCACGCGUGCCUACAAGGAUAAUAAGCGCAUCUUCAAGCUGUGCUUCGGACCGAUCCCGGUCAUCUGCCCGACGCAUCCGGAUCUGAUACAGAAAAUUAUGACCGAGCAGGCGAGCAUGGACAAACCGUUCGUGUACGACUUUAUGCGCGUGGACCACGGAUUGCUAACGGCGCAGUAUGACGAAUGGCGCGUGCAUCGGAAGGCACUGAAUCCAACGUUCAACACGCGCAUCCUGAACAGCUUCAUACCGAUCUUCACCGACUGUGUGGCGAAAAUGAUCGCCAACAUGGAGAAGCACGCUGGGGACGAAAAACCGAUCAAUGUGCUCGAGUUCACCUCGCCCUGUACGCUGGAAAUGAUCUGUCGCACUUCACUCGGCGGGAAGGUGCUGGAACGGGAAGGCAAGCAAGAGUUUAUCGAAGGGCUGGAAAUUAUCCUUCACAAUGUAGGCCUUCGUAUGUUCAACGCAAAUCUCUACCCCGACAUUGUGUACAGGAACACCCGCUUCUACAAAGCGGAAAUGGACGCCCGCAAGAUAUGCUACGCUUUUACGGACAAGGUAAUUCGCGAGAAGCGUGCCAAGUUUGAGGAGAAGCUGCGCAACGCGGUCGACAGCAAUAACAACAGCACGACGGCCGACGAAAAUGGCAACGUCGUCUUCGCCGACGAAGAAGACGAUAUGCUGAGCUACAAGAAGCCCCAGAUCUUUGUCGACCAGCUGCUAACCAUACCGAACGAUGGUAAACCGUUUACGCACGAGGAAAUUACCGAUCACAUCUACACCAUGAUUGCAGCAGGCAAUGAAACAUCCGCCACCCAGGCAGCUCAUGCCUGCCUGCUACUGGCCAUGCAUCCCGAGAUACAGGACCGAGCGGCGGCCGAGAUUCGCGAGCUGCUGGCCGAUGACGUCGAGUACACGCACGAAACACUGAAGCAGAUGGAAUAUCUGGAGCGCGUGAUCAAGGAAUCACAGCGGCUCUGCCCGGUGGCGGCCGUGUACGGGCGCAAAACGAUCGGCACAAUCCAGCUGGAUGAGUACGUCAUCCCGAAAGGAUUCAUCCUGCUGCUGAACGUGUUUGCGCUGCACCGUCAGAAAGAGUUCUGGGGCCCGAACGCGGACAAGUUCGAUCCGGACCACUUCCUGCCGGAGCGCGUCAAGGCACGCCAUCCGUACGCAUACCUGCCGUUCAGUGGCGGUCCACGCGGCUGCAUAGGUAGCCGCUACGCAAUGAUGAGCCUGAAGAUUAUACUGUCGCAGAUACUGAAAAACUAUCGGCUCACCACCGACAUACCGUACGAAAAGAUGGACUUUAAGUUCAAGGUCUCGAUGCAUCUGUCCUUCGAGCAUUUGGUCAGGCUGGAACCGCGGGUCUAGUAGUGUUUCUAGGGUCGUGCCAACCAUUCUAAGAAUUUGCUCAUCACUUUCGACUCGCACUCGACCAUGACACUCGUGUGUGUGUGUGCCUUAGUGAAACUUUAUGCUUGAUAAAUGCGUAAAAUCGAAUAAUACUGUUUUGACGCUUCUGGAACAGACGAUACCGCGGCGAAACAAUCAACCUAGACGAGCAUAAUCAUGUUAUAGUUGCAACGAAACGCCAUGUAGUGAGUGGGUGUUCGUAUAACUUCCCCCUAGCAGUACAUGCGCUUUCAAUGCAGUCGAAUGAAAAUUAUACACCCAGAUGGAAGGCGCGAACGUGCGUUGUGUUUAUUGUUCAAUGCUUUUUUCUGUUACAAUCUUCAUUUGUGUAAGUGUGAGCAACACGCAACAGAAUGCGGCUUCAACUCACACAACCGGACCCAAAUGGAUUAGAUCAUUCUAUGAUUGAGCAUUCUGUGUUUACAAAAACGGAACAGAUUCGUUAUCAAAAUCGGAAAUAAGUCGGAGCAACAGAUUUCAAUGUUUGGGUUGCGUGUACUUCCGAUAAUAAGAUAAUGAGAUGCGACUUCCUUGUGAUGAUUGUGAUAUUAUUUUUUGCAAAAAAAGCUCGUUCACCUUGUUUUGGUCGAAAUGUAGAGUGAAUAUAUUGGAAAACAAACGAAACUGUACCUAUCUUUAUACAGAAUCAAUAAAAAUAUAUUUUAAAAAUACAUCA